AUGGAUCAGAUAGCAGAUAGCUCAUCAUCCAUGGCACCUUCACUAUCGAUGGAUGCAUAUUCUCGGGAGACAUCAUCUGCCUACUCAUCUCCAGUUCAUGCUACAGCACCUCAACCAGCACUUUCUCAACCUAUCGGCUUGGGUAUUAUGAAUUGCGGAUUAGAUCCUGCCUUCGACCAUACCACUGGCUAUCAACGUCCGAUCCCUUACCCGAUGUCUCCUCUUAACCAGUCGCCGAAUUCGCUAUCACAGACGACCGCUUUCCAUAGCUCUCCCCUCCAUCCUCAAGACGCCUCUAAUAAAGUUUGUUUUCCCGCAUACAGCGGCUUUCAGGACUGGGGUGGGUCUCAAGAAAUGAGCGCAUCGCCAAGCUAUGGCUCGAGCUUGGAGAUUCAGUCCGGGCAGGAGUUAUUUCAUCAAAAUCCAGGAUAUUGGCCUGUCACGCCAUGCUCAGAACCGACGAGCCCCCCGGAGGCUCUUUCUGUCAACGCGUCUGUUCCCACAAGACUGCAAAUACCGGGGCAAAUCCAGUUCUGUACUCUAGAAUCUUCGCCUUCGGUAUUGAUUAGCGACGAUUCCCACAACAUGACUCCGAUGGAGAACAACAGAAAAUAUCCUCUCGAUUUCCAAGUCUCUUCCGUCCAGGCGGAGCCCUACCAGUUUGUUAAUACCUCCAGCGAAAGUCGUGAUGUAGCUCUCAUUGCUUGCCCUACAGCGAAAAGAACCUCGACCAACAGAUAUCCUUGUCCUAAGUGCGGUAAUACCUUCACGAGAAGAUCAAAUUGCAAACAACAUGAGAAGCAACAUGACCCCGAAUCAAGGAAAAUUUCCCGCGUCAGCUGUCCUGAAUGCUCGAAGACCUUCGGAAGAAAGGGAGACUUACGGCGUCAUUUUAACAACGUGAGAAGAACUGAACCGGCUGCUUUGACAAACGCUUACCCUAAUUCAGAAACAUCUUCAUAUUCGUGA